AUGACUAAAAUUACAAGUAAAAAAGCAACGAAACAUCAAUGUGAUAAAAUUUUCUGUACACAUUGUUGUAAAAUAAAAACAAAAGAGCAUGAAUGUUUUAUGAAAAUAUGUAAAAUACCAAAAAAUCCAAAAUUACCCACAUUAUAUUUUUUUGAUUUUGAAACCCGUGUGGAUGAAAAUGGUUAUAUGGUUCCUUUUUAUUGUGUUAUUCAGAAAGUUUGUUCAAAAUGUGAUGAGAUUGGGUUUAUAAAAAAUAAGGAAGGGUUUACCCCACAUACAGAUAAUAUUCAUUGUGAUACGUCUGUGAAAUGUGUACCUUGUUGUGGUUAUAGACAGUAUGUGUUUGAAAAAAACAACGGAGAUAUAGUUCAGGAUUUAGUAGAUUUUAUGUUUGAACAAUCUGAAGAUAGCACGUGGAUAGCACAUAAUGGGGGUCGUUUUGAUACUGUUUUUUUGUUGAGAGAGUUGUUGGUAAAGCGUAAAAUUAUACCCAAAGUGAUUAUGAAUGGUAAUAAGAUUAUGUGUUUGGAAAUCGAAACACAUAAGUUGAGAAUAAUUGAUAGCUUUUUAUUUUUAAGUAUGCGUUUGAGUAAAUUUCCCGAGGCUUUGGGUAUACAAGAUUUAACAAAGGGGUACCACCCUUAUCAUUUUACAAAUUUGGACUAUGUAGGACCCAUGGUGGGUUUAGAAUAUUUUGACCCACCACCUGAGGGUACUAAGGAGCGAGAUAAAUUUGAUUCUUGGUAUAAUGUACAGAAAACUAAGACUUAUGUAUUUCGAGAAGCAAUUUAUUAUUAUUGUCGAUUAGACGUUGACAUAUUACGCCAAGGGUGUAUUAUAUUUGCAAGACUUAUAAAAGAGAUUACGGGUAUUUUUCCAUUUUACGAUCAUACAUGUCAUACGGUGGCGGGUUUAGCUUUAAAAAUAUAUCGUAGUAAUUUUUUAAAAGCGGAUGUAAUUGGGCAAAUACCACCUACGGGUUAUGGGGCCGAUGUGAAUCAAAGUGCAAUUGCAUUAUGUUGGUUAAGGGAUAUUGAAUUGCAAUUAGAGAGUGAGGAUAAACAUUUGUCAAGUAAAUUAAGUGGUGAGGGUGAACAAAGUAUUUUAGGGCGAUAUGGGUUUUGUACUGAAAAUGCAACCAUUUACCAGUUUCACGGUUGUUUUUAUCAUGGUUGUGAAAAAUGUUAUGAAAGUGAUAGUUACAAUAAGGUGAAUAAGGAAAAAUUUUAUACGUUGCGUGAAAAAACCCGUCGUACUACAUUACUUUUUAGGAGCAAUGGAUUUAAGGUUAUUGAAAAAUGGGAAUGUGAUUAUGUACAAGAAAAGAGAUAUACGUAUAAUAUGUUAAACCAAUUACGUCAUAGUGAUUUUUUUACGCAUCUAACACUGAACCCGCGUGAUGCUUUAUUUGGGGGGCGAACAUCACCUGCCAAAUUAUAUCAUGAAUCCUUGAUUGAAAAAACUCGUUACUAUGACUACACUUCCCUUUAUCCUUAUGUUCAGAAAAAAUAG